GAAUAUUUCGAGUAUUAAUCAAAAACGUAUAAUAGAUCGACUCUUUUAACUUUUUCAACUGAUAAAUAUUUUGUAAAAGGAUAAUGAUAACGAUUUUUAGUUUUUUUGCCUUAUUAACACUUUCAGUGGCAGUUCCUCAAUACCCUCCAUCAGGAUGGAGGCCCAGAGGAACUCCAUUUGUAUUGCCACGUGAAUAUCUACCAUCAGCGCCAUUGAAAGCGGCAGCACAACAUGAAAUUAAUCGAGAACGUUUAGAAUAUAUUGGACAAUAUCAAGUAAGAGAGCCAAUAUUUGGACAUAGAGCAAAUAUAGAGCAACCCGAGCCUCAAUUGCAGAAUGAAUUUCAAUUUCAAUCGCAGCAGCCCCAACCACAACUACAACAGUCACAGCAACCACAACAACCGCAAUAUCAACCGCCACCCAAGCCACAUGCUACAUAUUUAACUCCAUCACCUGAUAUUCCAACUACAACAGAACAAUAUGUUGAUGAUUUUUCAACGACAACAGAAUACUUUACAACAACAACGGCUACCCCAAACGAGGAAAAUUUCUUAAAAGUUCAAGGAUUACCAUCACUUAAUAAACCUGCUCAAUUUAGAAAUCUAAAUAAAGUUAUGCCUUUGAGUACAAACACAUUUUCUCAACAACAAAACUCAAAUACAAAAAGUGGUCAAUUUAGGCAGCAAGAAUUUCAACCCGAAAGAUCUGUUACACAACAGUCUCGCCAACAACAAGGCCUCAAAGAACAGGUUGCCCUUGUAAGUACUGAAACCGGCAAAUCUGGAAAACAAGCUGUAGAUCCUGUUUCAAAUACUUAUGGUGCUCCAGAAUCAGAAAUUCCUGCAAAUACUUACGGAGUCCCUCAAAUAGCUAAACAACCAGAUAAUGAAGUUUCAAAUUCAAAAUUGCCAACAAAUGAAAAUAAUAGCGGCAGUAAUGAAAGUACUGAAGAUUCUAAUGAACAACAAACUACAGAUAAUUUACAAGGCAAUGUUGCAAUCUCUAAUUCAAUCAACAGAAAUGGUCAGUAUUACAUAUUAAGUCCGGACAAUAUGUUGCAAAGGGUUCUUUUUAUGACUACACCAAAUAAAGGUGACACAGGCUUUACAGCUCAAUUAAGAUAUAUGCCAGUUGAACCGAUUCGAGAUCCAAUUUAUGCUUAUAAUGAAAAUGGACAAUUAAUUAGGAUAUUCAGAAAAUAAUUUCAUACCCACCAAAGAAUAUAAAUUUACACAAUUGUUAUUAUUUUAACGUUAUUAUUUAUUAUGAUUUUUUUUUAAAUUACUAAAAAUUUUUGAGACAAAAUUUUCUAAUAAGAAUGUGGAGUAUGCUUGUAUAACGAUUAUUUAAUUGUAUUAUUCUUAAGUUUUGUAUUAUUUAAUUUUGGCAAACUUACGUAAUAUGUCAUAGUGCAUAAAUGCAUAGAGCAUAAAUGAGUCCAAUGGCCAUUAGGUCGUUGGAUGGUAUGAUAUAUUAAUAUAUUAUUCAUUAGUCAAAUCUAAAUAUCUCUUCAAUCUUAU